AGGUGGCGCUCUGUGCGCCCCGCGGAUCCCGACGCGGGAGCUCAGAACCCGGGGGACCCUCACCGGUGGCUCCUUUCCCUUCCAUCCCCUCGACUUCCCGGCUCAGGGCGCGGCCCUGUCUUCGGCGCGGGAGUGGGGGACUGGGGGGCGCGGGGUCCCAGGGUGGGGACGAGGCGGGCUGCAGGCCCUUCCCCCGACUGGAGCUCGCUCCCAAGUGGAAAUGUGGGUGGAGGGUCCUCAUUCAGAUGCCCCAGGCUUCGGAUCCUGGGCGGGGGCGCGUGGCAGCCGCCAGGAGACCGGCUGGAGCGCCCGCCCCGCGGCCUCGCCUCUCCGCCGAGCAGCCAGCGCCUCGGGACGCGAUGAGGACCUUGGCUUGCCUGCUGCUCCUCGGCUGCGGAUACCUCGCCCAUGUUCUGGCCGAGGAAGCCGAGAUCCCCCGCGAGGUGAUCGAGAGGCUGGCGCACAGUCAGAUCCACAGCAUCCGGGACCUCCAGCGACUCCUGGAGAUAGACUCCGGAGUGAGGAGUCUUUGGACACCAGCCUGAGAGUUCACGGGGUCCACGCCACUAAGCAUGCGUCCGAGAAGCGGCCCCUGCCCAUUCGAAGGAAGAGAAGCAUCGAGGAAGCUGUCCCCGCUGUCUGCAAGACCAGGACGGUCAUUUACGAGAUUCCUCGGAGUCAGGUUGACCCCACGUCCGCCAACUUCCUGAUCUGGCCCCCGUGCGUGGAGGUGAAACGCUGCACCGGCUGCUGCAACACCAGCAGCGUCAAGUGCCAGCCCUCACGCAUCCACCACCGCAGUGUCAAGGUCGCCAAGGUGGAAUACAUCAGGAAGAAGCCAAAAUUAAAAGAAGUCCAGGUGAGGUUAGAGGAGCAUUUGGAGUGCGCCUGCGCGACCACCAGCCUGAAUCCGGAUUAUCGGGAAGAGGACACGGGAAGGCCUAGGGAGUCAGGUAAAAAACGGAAAAGAAAAAGGUUAAAACCCACCUAAAGCAGCCAACCAGAUGUGAGGUGAGGAUGAGCCGCAGCCCUUUCCUGGGACAUGGAUGUACAUGGCGUGUUACAUUCCUGAACCUACUAUGUACGGUGCUUUAUUGCCAGUGUGCGGUCUUUGUUCUCCUCCGUGAAAAACUGUGUCCGAGAACACUCGGGAGAACAAAGAGACAGUGCACAUUUGUUUAAUGUGACAUCAAAGCAAGUAUUGUAGCACUCGGUGAAGCAGUAAGAAGCUUCCUUGUCAAAAAGAGAGAGAGAGAGAGAGAGAAAACAAAACCACAAAACAUGACAAAAACAAAACGGACUCACAAAAAUAUCUAAACUCGACGAGAUGGAGGGUCGCCCCGUGGGAUGGAAGUGCAGAGGUCUCAGCAGACUGGAUUUCUGUCCGGGUGGUCACAGGUGCUUUUUUGCCGAGGAUGCAGAGCCUGCUUUGGGAACGACUCCAGAGGGGUGCUGGCGGGCUCUGCAGGGGCACGCAGGAAGCAGGAAUGUCUUGGAAACCGCCACACGAACUUUAGAAACCACACCUCCUCGCUGUAGUAUUUAAGCCCAUACAGAAACCUUCCUGAGAGCCUUAAGUGGUUUUUUUGUUUGUUUUUUUUUUGUUUUGUUUUGUUUUUUGUUUUUACACCAUAAAGUGAUUAUUAAGCUUUCCUUUUUACUCUUUGGCUAGCUUUUUUUUUUUUUUUUUUUUUUUUAAUUAUCUCUUGGAUGACAUUUACACCGAUAACACACAGGCUGCUGUAACUGUCAGGACAGUGCGACGGUAUUUUUCCUAGCAAGAUGCAAACUAAUGAGAUGUAUUAAAAUAAACAUGGUAUACCUACCUAUGCAUCAUUUCCUAAA